CUUUAAAAACCAAUAAUCUAAAAUCAUCUAUUAAUUAAAGAUGACUUUGGGUAUCGACCGAAACCGAGUCCCGAUUAAAAUACCAGCGCUCCAUCAUGGGCUCACCCUCUAUGUCGGGCAACGAAUAAGAUGAAUACAUAGAUCAAUGAACUAAAUUGUUGUUUAACAUUAAAAUAAUAAAUUAAAUAUUACCUUUUUUUUGGUGGAAAAUUAUUUUCUGAAGCAACAAAUUAGUCAAAACUUAAAGAGGAAUUCAGAUUCUAUUACAUCACUAAGAAGUGUGUCGGCACAUAGGAGUGUGCCGUUGUCGCCAGUAUCGGCCUGGUAUCGGUAUCGGUGCUACCCGACUCAUCAUUUUAAAUAACAUUUUCAGCAUGAAUUAACUUUCAGGCAGUUUUGACCUUAACGUGUAAAACCGCGAUGAUUAGAAAUCAAGCGAAGCUAAUGAAGAUAAUAAUACUCUUGAUUGGUGUGAUCUGGGAAGGUUGAAAUGCAGCAUGUCGACCUUCGAGACUUGACCUUUGCGUUUGGCUCCUCGCCGUUUCCUGAACGCCGUCUGUUCUCCGCCUUCAGGGAAAACCUCGUCAGCAUCGGCGAGCUGAUCGGCGUCAUGCGGCAGAUCCAGAACAUUCCAGAGCACAAGCUGCAGAGCAUCGCCGAGGCCCUCGACGACAACAAGGACGGCAAGAUCGACAUCGACGACGUCAUCAAAGUGGUGGAACUGAUCGACAACGAGGACAUCGACAUCUCCACCACUCAGGUGGCCGACAUCAUGGUGAUGCUGCAGAAGGAGGAGAAGCUGAUCGAGAAGGAAAAGGCCAAAGAGAAGGCCGAGAAGGAACAGGCAGCCACACGCAUCUAACUCACUUUCCAUAAAGACACAUAGCAUUGUAAAAUAACAACAAGAGAGGGGGGGGGGGGAAGCAUCAUAUAUAAUAAUAUAAUUUCACCAAUAAGUUUUGUGUAAUUUUACUCAAUUUAAUGACCUAACUUAAAAGAUGGCAAAUUGAUCAGGAAAAUUACAUCUGGGGAAAAUAUACAUAAGGAGAGCGAUUGUUUGAAGCUUGAGGUGGAGCCUCUCAUUUCAUCAUGUCAUCAUCUCAGAGAAAAGAGGGAUCGUUUCUGGACUUUGCACAGUGAGAAUCAUCGUCAUUACCACGAGGGCACAGUUUAUUCUUCCUGUUUUGAUUCUGUUUAUUCAUCCUACUCCCACAUUGUAAAGUGACCCGUUGUUUUCUUUUCUAGACUGUACCAGGGUACAGGGUAGCUU